AUGAACGGAGCUGUGGAGGCUACCAAUAAGAAUAUCAAGAAGAUCAUGAGGAAGAUGAUUGAUAAUGACCGAGGUUGGCAUGAGAUGCUGACAUAUGCGUUGUUGGUUUAUCGAACGACUGUCAGAACAUCGACUGGAGCCACUCCAUAUUUGCUAGUAUACCGAACAGAGGCAGUCAUACCUGCUGAAGUUGAGAUACCAUCCCUAAGGAUCAUCCAACAAGCUGAAUUGAGUAAUGUUGAAUGGGUGAGCAAGAGAAUUUAUCUGUUGACAUUGAUCGAUGAGAAGAGAACGGUUGCUGUUUUUCAUAGUCAACUUUAUCAACAGAGAAUGAUUCGUGCUUUUCACAACAGAGUAAGAGACAAAAUUUUCAAAGUUGGUCUGUUGGUCCUAAAGCGCAUUUUUCCUCAUCAAGACGAAUGCAAAGGAAAAUUCGCGCCAAAUUGGCAAGGACCCUACAUGGUUCGCAAGGUAUUAUCCGGAGGUGCUUUGGUCCUGUCAGAGAUGGAUGGAACAGCAUGGCCAAAACCUAUCAACUCAGACGUUGUCAAGAGAUACUACGUGUGA